AUGAAGUCGCCGAUGGCUACAGCGAAAGACACAGGACAAAACUUUACGUUUACGACAGCGGAGGAAUACAUGUCCCCCAAGAAGAUUCCCGUAUUCCCAGGAACUCUGUACAGUCCAGAGAAGAAGAGCAAGCCACGUCGAGUCAAACCGUCAGGUCAGUCGCCGAAACACGCGCAAGCGUCCAAAGCGGUAGGAGAAGUAGCUGGCAUAUCAUGGGAAGACAACGCACGAUCCACGCGAGAGGCUUCUCCUCGGCGCUUUCUGCGUGCCACACUGGCGAAGUCUUUGGGUGAGGAGGAGGAAAAUCCUGCCGUGAACCAGCGAGAUCAACGUCCGUCCGUGUUCAUCGGUCACUAUGACCCAGCCACCGGAGCGUCGAGUGUCGUGGUGGUUGAUGCUUCUGCCGAAGCUGCUGCAGCGUCGGCGACUGCGUUUCUCAAGACUGGCGAAGACACGAUCGCGUUCUUUGCGCGCAACGGCUCGGACAGUGAAAUCAAGUUUGUGCAUCUAAAUCGCGCCGAGACUAGACUGGCAUUCCGACCGUACGACCUCGUGGUGGUCGCGCAAGACGACGUGACUCCAAACGAACACUUCACCAUGUCCUCGAGUGGUCUGGUGCACGUCUGCACUGGCAGUCCGUCCGAGUUCAUCGCUCUGGCUGAGUGGAUGCGUCAAUCGACGAUGUUCAACGUGCUCACCUCGCUGCGGUUCUUUAAACACUACCUCGUCAACAAGGCGUUCUCUCUGUGGUGUGCCAAUGUACGGUACAAACUCUAUUGCCGCCAGAGGAAACGUUUGAGUGCCAAGUUGUUCUUGGCCAAGGAGAGUUUCUGCGUGCCUUUGCUGCAAGUCAAGAAAGUGAUGAGUACGGAGCUCAUGGGCGUCGUGUUGCUGGAUUUACGAGCUCAGAAGACGUACGAGAGCUCGGCGUUUGUCGAGUAUCAGGGCACGAAACGUGCGGAGGGAUCGAAGCAAUUCGAGUUGUGUAUUGAGAAGCUGCAGUCGAUCAUCCAGCGUGUGUGCUCGGACGUGAAGAAUCUCACCAAGACGAACACUUCGCAAGACGAUUUCAUGUCGGAUAUGGCGUUGAGUGCCAUGGGGACAAGUCAGGAGAAGACCAAGUCCAUUGUAGCGGUCAAAGCUGAGCAACAACAGAGACGCAGGCUCUUUCGUCGAGCUGCUGAGGAGGCUGGAAUGAUCGCAGAUUUCAUCCGACUUAUCGACUGCAUCGCCGCUGAAAGUCUCGUGAUUCUAGCUGUCCAGAGCUGUGCCAACUUCCUGCAUGAACUGAACAAAGUGCCACGCAAGACGGGGCUCUUUGAGACGACGAUCUUCUUCGGAGAGCAGUCGACAAUUUUCUCUCCUACGAGCGAGCAAAUCCAGCACAUCGUGAUAGCCAUGACAGACGACAUCGUGAGCACUGUCAACUCCGUCUCUCGUGUGCUGUAUCUCCGUCCGUUUGCACCUUAUGUUGGCAAUGCAGUGGCGGAUGCUCCACAUGUCGCCUCAACAAUUACGAGCAGUGUGGCGUUCGGGCAGAUCCGCAAGGAACUCGUGGCCAAAAUCGCUAGUGAUUACGCUGAAGCUACGGAAUACGUGAAGAUCUUUGACAAUGUGAGGCCAAUCUACGAAUACGACAAGGUGUGGGAUCUAGAGGAAUAUUCUCAGCGUGCACACACCGUCACUACGCUCAAAGCAGACAUGCUACAGAUUAGUACAUGGGAGAAAGAGCUGGAGAAGAUGAGAGCUGGCCAGACUACUGGCAUCUUACAUGUGGAGAGUAGAAAGCUGAAGCAGACGUUGAUCCCGAUGACCACAGCCAAGCUGGACGCUAUGAAAGGGUUAGUGAAGGACUUGGCUCGUGCGCGGUGUAAGACUCAGCUGGGCGAGUACAAGCAGCGUAUCCAGUCAUUACUCCAAAGACCGCAGCAUUUGAAGGAGUUCGCGGGGCAUGUGGAGCGUGUGCAGAAUCUCAAGUCCAAGCAGAAGGCGCUGGCGAAAAACACGAACGUAGUGGACGAGUUGUACCGUCUUCUAGGCACUUAUGGCGUGCGUAUCUCGUCAGAGGAUAUGGUGCAAUUAGAUGACUUACGUAGUGUCCAAGAGAAUUAUAAGGAGGAGACGGAAGCUGUUGAUGCGUUCGUGGCGAGUCGAGUGGGUGAGAUGACGCAGCAGCUGGACGCCAAUAUCCAACGACUGGAUGAACAAGUGCUUCAACUGCACACUCAGCUGCAAGGAGGAGUGUUCAUUGAUGCUAGCCACUUUGAAGACCCCUCUGGCGUGAAGACUGAGCUGGAGAAUGUCAAGCAACGUCUCACUCAGUUGGACGAACUCUCCAAGCAGUACACUGAGUACCAGUCGUUGUUCAACCUCACGCCGUUCAAGUAUCUCAAUUUGCAGGCGACACAAGAGUACUUUGGCACUGUAGAUUCGCUAUGGACGGCUGUCGAGAAGUGGAAUGCGCUGUAUCUAGGAGCUAUGACAAGUCCGUUUGUGGAGGUGAAUGCAGAGGAGCUGUCCAAGGACGUCGCUGUAGCCUUCAAGGACGCAUAUGCUUUACACAAGAAACUCAGCAACGAUGUGACGGCUGUUCUCAAAGACCGCACGGCUGAGUUUAAGCUCAAAAUGCCUACUGUACUCGAGUUAGGCAAUUCAGCAAUGAAAGAUCGUCACUGGGAGAAGAUCUUCAAGGCUCUACGACAGCCCUGGUAUCCUGGCAUCCUGUUUACACUGGAGAACCUGGUAUCCUACGACGUCUUGGACAUGAAAGACCUAGUGGGCGAGGUGUCCGCAGCUGCCUCGGGUGAGGCUCAGAUUGAGACAUCUCUGCAGAAGAUCAAACACGGCUGGGACCAGAUGAAGUUCACGUGUGUGAGCCAUCGUGACCAGAACGACGUCUUCAUCUUGGGAAGUCUGGAGGAUAUUUUAAUGCUGCUGGAAGACAACCAGGUGGGUCUGCAGACGAUGAUGGGGUCACGGUUCAUUAUGGGAGUGAAAGACGAAGUGGAACGAUGGAGCAAGCGUUUGUCGUUGCUCUCAGACACACUGGACGAGUGGAUAGCGUGUCAACGCAGCUGGAUGUACUUGGAGACCAUCUUCUGCGCCGAAGAUAUCCAGAAACAACUCCCUGUUGAGGCACAGAAGUUCGCACUUGUUGACAAGAACUGGAGGACGACGAUGCUUCGAACUAAACAUGGUCCCAGUGUCAUUAGGUCCGUGGAGGGAGGUCCUGAACUCUUGGACCAGUUUCGCAUGUCCAACAGACUGCUGGAAGAGAUCCAGAAGUCCUUAGAAGACUAUCUUGAAACCAAGCGCAUGGCCUUCCCACGGUUCUACUUCCUCUCGAACGACGAGCUGCUGGAGAUCCUCUCGCAAACGCGUGAUCCACGUGCAGUACAGCCACAUUUGGGCAAGUGUUUCGACGCCAUGAAGAGUGUACGCUUUGAUGACACACCCGGUUCUGCUAACAACGUCGUCAACGCAAUGGUUAGUGGUGAAGGCGAGUUGGUUCUUUUCCCCAGGCAAGUGAUCGCGAAAGGUCCAGUGGAAACGUGGCUUACAGAAGUGGAGAAAGCCAUGCGUGCAAGUCUCUACGAAGACGGUGUGAAGGCGUUGAUGAACUACCCGAUAGAGGACGCCAUCGACCGGAAGGAAUGGCUCUUCGGGUACUCGGCGCAAGUGAUAAUUCUUGUUGACCAGGUCUUUUGGACGCGAAAUGUGACGGAGGCAAUCUCUCAAGUGGAGAGUGGUAAUGACCCAAACGCGGUUGGUGGAUUUCUUCAGUUUAGCUUGAAGCAGAUCGAUGGAAUGGUUCAACUCGUGCGCGGAUCAUUGACGAAAUUACAGCGUAUUCUUAUGGGCGCUAUCAUCACUAUCGACGUCCACGCUAGAGACGUGGUGCGUUCAUUAGCGGACAGCAACGUGUCAUCUCUUAGCGACUUUGAGUGGACUCGACAGCUGCGAUACUAUUGGGAGGACGAUGUCAAGAACUUCGUAGCCAGGCAGACCAACACCCGAUUCAUCUAUGGCUAUGAGUAUCUGGGUAAUUCUCCAAGACUCGUGAUUACUCCAUUGACGGAUAUUUGCUAUAUGACGCUCACAGGCGCGUUGCAUCUACGUCUCGGUGGCGCUCCAGCUGGUCCGGCGGGUACAGGCAAGACCGAAACUACCAAAGAUCUGGCAAAGGCAUUGGCAGUACAGUGCGUCGUGUUCAACUGUUCGGAUGGCUUGGAUUACAAGAUUAUGGGAAGAUUCUUCUCUGGUCUCGCACAGGCGGGGGCCUGGGCGUGCUUUGACGAGUUUAACCGUAUUGAUAUCGAGGUGUUAUCUGUCAUUGCGCAGCAAGUUCUCUGUAUCCAACAAGCUAUUGUGGCAGACGUGGACGAGUUCGAAUUCGAAGGCAGUCUCAUCCGACUUAACACUGGAUUUGGUGUGUUCAUUACGAUGAAUCCUGGUUACGCUGGUCGUACUGAGCUGCCUGACAACUUGAAGGCGCUCUUCCGCCCUGUUGCGAUGAUGGUGCCGGACUACCGACUCAUUGCUGAGAUUGUGCUGUUCUCCGAGGGUUUUGCGAAUGCCUUGCCACUGUCACACAAGAUGACGCAGCUUUACUCACUAUCUAGUGAACAACUGUCCAAACAAGACCACUACGACUUCGGAAUGCGUGCUGUCAAGUCUGUGCUGGUUGCAGCUGGUCAGCUAAAACGCAAGGAGCCGGAGAUGCAUGAAGAUUUGCUUCUCAUUCGGGCAAUGCGGGACAGUAACGUGCCCAAGUUCCUGGAGCAGGAUCUUCCGUUAUUCCGUGGAAUUAUUGCAGAUCUCUUCCCGGGUGUUGUGGUACCAUUUGUCGACUAUGGACUACUCCAGAAAGCCAUCGAGCAACAGUUAGACUUGCUACACUUGCAGCAGGUACCAUCAUUUAUCGCCAAAGCCAUACAAGUGCACGAAACACAGCUUGUUCGCCACGGUAUGAUGCUGGUCGGUGAAGCGGGGAGUGGCAAAAGCACCAACUGCUACGUGCUAGCAAGAGCUUUAACACAGCUGUACCAAGAUGGGGUUGUGGAUCGUGAUGGGUUUUAUAAAGAAGUCCAGCGGUUAACUCUCAACCCCAAGUCUAUUUCGGCAGGACAGCUAUACGGCGAGUUUAAUUUGCUUACGAACGAAUGGACUGAUGGUCUCGUACCCAAGUUAGUCCGACAAUGCGUACAGGAAGCUGCCGAGUCAGAAAAUCGAAACUGGGUGAUCUUCGACGGGCCAGUGGAUGCGGUGUGGAUUGAGAAUAUGAACACGGUGCUGGACGACAACAAGACGCUGUGUCUGUCCAAUAGUGAGCGUAUCAAGCUACCACAUACACUGCACAUGAUGUUUGAAGUGCAAGACCUUCGUGUAGCGUCGCCGGCUACUGUGAGUCGCUGUGGUAUGGUGUACAUGGAGCAGGUUCACGUUGGUAUGACGUCACUCGCGCAAACUUGGAAGGUCACAACUCUGGAGCCGAUUAUGCCAUCGUACCCAGAGUUGAGCGACAUGUUGCUGCUUUUAAUUGAGACUUAUGUCCCCGUUGCGAUCGCAUUUGUGCGUGAACAUUGUCGCGAGAAAGUUCCAAGCAACAACCACAACUUAAUGCAGAGCUGUUUGAAUCUACUGGCCUCUUGUUUGGCCACUGGUGCACUCCAGAAUGCCGGUGCGAAUAACGUAGCGGGCUUGAUACGAAUGUACUUCGUGUUUGCCGUCACGUGGUCUGUAGGAGCGAAUAUCGAUGAUGCAUCACGUCCGAAGUUCAAUGAGUUCUGUAUGAGCCAGUUCCACUCACUCAUCGACAGUAGCCAUGACGGUGAGCCGGUCUCUAGUGUCUAUGAAGUGGUAGUCGACGAUAUGACUGGUCAAUGGGCCUCGUGGCUCGAGAAGACGCCGACUUUCACCUUUGUUCCUGGUGCUUCGUACUUUACGAUGGUUGUCCCUACACAAGACACGACACGGUUCCGAUAUCUCCUAGAGAAGCUCAUGCUCGCAGACCAUCACGUGCUGUACAGUGGAGAAACUGGCGUUGGGAAGUCGGUCAUUGUCCAGUCAUUUCUGGACGAUAUGGCCAAGACAGAUAGCUGUAUAUCGUCGACUAUGAGCUAUUCGGCGCAGACGAAGCCUCGCAACCUGAACGAAAUGUUCGAGUUGAAGCUGGACAAAAAACGUAAGAACUUAUUAGGACCACCAGUGGGGAAGCGCAUGCUAUUCUUUGUAGACGAUUUAAACAUGCCAGCACUCGAGAUUUACGGCGCGCAACCUCCGAACGAGCUACUACGACAGGUUAUCGAUCAAGGAGGGUUCUACGAUACAUCCAAGAUGUUCUUCAAGAAUGUGAAGGACGUGGUCUUCGCUGCGGCGUGUGCUCCUCCCGGAGGCGGUCGCAGCGAGGUGACACCGCGUUUGAUGCGUCACUUCCACAUGGUUUGGAUUCCAAAUCUCUCGGGGGAAGUCAUGCAGCGCAUCUUCUCGUCCAUAUUGGGAGGUUUCCUCGGUGCUGAACUACCAGCGAUGGCUCACAUGGCGGCACCUAUCGUCAGUGCCUCCGUGCAGCUCUAUCAGCGUGUGGAACUGGAGAUGCUCCCUACGCCCUCGAAGUCUCAUUACACGUUCAAUCUUCGCGAUCUGUCCAAGGUUUUCCAAGGUGUAUUAAUGGUGAAGAAGGAGAACGUUCCGACGGAAGAUGGACUGUUGACGCUCUGGUUACACGAAGAAGCUCGUGUGUUCCGCGAUCGUCUCGUUGAUGCCGAAGAUCGCGCUUGGUUCAACUCGGCGUGCUCACAACUGAUAGAGGAGAAACUCAACGUGUCGUGGCCACCUUCAUGCUUCGAGAACAUUUUGUAUGGCGAUUAUCUAACACGUGAAAACCGCAGCUAUCGACCUGUGGAGGAUCUCGGCCAGUUAAACUCGCUGCUUUCGGAAUAUUUGGAAGAGUACAACAUCACGUUCCCAAGCCAGAUGCACCUGGUCUUCUUUAACGACGCCAUGCACCACAUCUCGCGGAUCUGUCGAGUGCUACGACAGCCACGUGGCAAUGCUUUACUAGUUGGUGUUGGUGGCUCGGGACGUCAAAGUCUCACCCGUCUCGCAUCCUUCAUGGCUGACUAUAAGUGCUUUUCCAUCGAGAUUACUCGCGGCUACGGGGCCAAUGAAUUCCAUGAAGAUCUCAAGAAAAUCCUCAUGACGGCAGGUGCCCAGAACCAGCCUGUUGUCUUCUUGUUCUCUGACGCUCAGAUUGUCCACGAGUCUUUUCUUGAAGACAUCAACAACGUUCUCAAUACCGGUGAAGUACCGAACUUGUAUGCGAAUGACGAAGUGGAGAAGAUUGUGGGACUCGUUCGUCCAUUGGCGCAGCAAGUUGGUAAAGUUACUCGCGAAGAUAUUCUGCAGUAUUACGUGACGCUGGUGCGUGAUAACCUGCACGUGGUGCUAGCGUUUUCCCCCAUUGGCGCCGGCUUUCGUAAUCGCUGUCGUAUGUUCCCGUCGCUAGUUAAUUGCUGUACUAUAGACUGGUUCAAUGCGUGGCCUGAAGAUGCACUCAACUCGGUGGCCAACCGCUUCUUCGCUACGAACGCUGAGGAGCUUGGAAUCGAUGCUCACGUCGACAUUUUGUGUCGUAUGGCUGUAACAAUUCACCGCAGUGUCGAAGAAGCCACGCUUCGGUUCUACACGCAGCUAAAGCGACGUAACUACACGACGCCGACGAGUUACUUGGAGCUUAUUCGACUGUAUGUGGAUAUGUUACGUACACAUCGUCAGCUAGUACGCGCGAAGGAAGCAAGAUACCGUGGCGGUCUGCAGAAACUCACCGAAACAGAAGAAGUUGUGGGGAACUUGAAGAGCUCACUCACAGAGCUACAGCCAGUGCUAGUUCAAGCUCAGAAAGACACUUCGAUACUGCUGGAACAAGUGGCAAGAGAUCAAGCAGAAGCAGAUAAACAGCAACAACUGAUUCAAGCAGACGUGGAGGCUGCUAACAAGAUCGCAGACGAAGUGAAGGUGAUUAAAGACGACUGUCAGAAGGAUCUGGACGAAGCUAUGCCUGCAUACUAUGCGUCAAUCAAAGCAUUGUCACAACUGAAGAAGGACGAUAUCACCGUGCUCAAGACGUUCACCAACCCUCCGAGACUAGUGGGUGUCACUAUGAAUGCUGUGUGUCUACUCUUCGGGUCGAAACAGGAGUGGAACGAGGCCAAGAAGUUGCUGAACGAUAUGAAGUUUCUGGAUAAGCUGAAGGAGUUCGAUAAGGACAAUAUUCCCCCAAAGACCAUUCGACAACUCCAGAAGUUCAUCACUGAUGAAGAGUUCACGCCCGAAACGCUUAGUAGUAUCUCCACUGCAGCCACAUCGCUCUGUAUGUGGGUACGAGCCAUGUACACGUACGAUACGGUGGCCAAGAAUAUUGCCCCGAAGAAGGAGAACCUCAAGACCGCGGAGCAGAGACUCGAAGAGGAACAGAAACAACUCGACGUCAAGCAAAGUGGGCUGAACGCAGUACUCAAGAAGGUCGCCGAUCUGAAACGUACCCUAGAAGAAGCACAGCAGAAGAAGAUCGACUUAGAGAUGCAAUCGCAGAAGACCCAGGCGCAGCUUGUGCGUGCUGAACGUCUGAUUGACUCGCUUGGAGAGGAGCAAGGUCGCUGGAAAGAAUGUGCUGAAAACUUAGCCAAGGAUAUGAUUAACCUGGUCGGUGACAUGAUUCUAUCUGCUGGAUGCAUUGCGUACCUUGGUCCAUUCACCUCUGAAUACCGUCACGAACUUCAAGCUAAGUGGGUCUCCUUCUGCAAAGCUAGUGAUCUACCAGUGGACGGGAAUUUCUCCUUCCAGCGAGUGUUAGCAGAUCCUGUCGUAGUACGAGAGUGGAACAUCAUGGGACUGCCGGCUGAUACUUUUUCUAUCGAGAACGGUUUGUUUACUACAAUGGGGAGACGCUGGCCACUCAUGAUCGAUCCACAGGGACAAGCGAACAAGUGGAUCAAGAACAUGUACAAAGCGUCAGGGUCGCUACAGAUCAUAAAGCUAUCGCAGAAAGAUUUCUUACGUACGUUGGAGAACGCUAUCCGAUACGGCUCUCCUGUGAUGCUCGAGAACGUGGAGGAAGAUCUGGAUCCGUCGCUCGAACCUGUGCUACUCAAGCAAGUGUUCAAGCGCGGCGGACAGAACCUUCUUCAUCUUGGAGAUAGCGAUGUUUCGUAUAGCGACAACUUCCGUUUCUACAUUACCACAAAGCUGGCGAAUCCUCACUACAUGCCUGAGAUCUGCAUCAAAGUGACGAUCAUUAACUUCACAGUCACACUUACAGGUCUUGAAGAUCAGUUACUGGUUGAUGUCGUACGAAGUGAACGACCCGAUCUUGAACAGAAGAAGAACGAGCUGACUGUGAAUAUUGCAGCGGACAAGAAACAGCUCAAGGAGAUCGAAGAUAAAAUUCUGUACAUGCUCGAGAACUCCAAGGGAAAUAUUUUGGACGACGAAGAGUUGAUCGACACGUUGGCGCACAGUAAAGUCACCUCGUCGGCGAUCAAAACGCGUAUGGCGGAAGCUGAGACUACGUCCAUGGAGAUCGACCAGACACGCGAAGGGUAUCGCUGUGUGGCAGUACGUGGCUCCAUAAUCUAUUUUGCCAUUGCAAAUCUGGCGCUCGUCGACCCCAUGUACCAGUACUCGCUGCAGUUUUAUCAAAAGCUCUUUGUGAUGAGGCUGCAAAACUCAACCAAGUCGGAAGUGCUGGAGGAACGGCUGGAGAUCCUCAUGCAAGAUAUCACCAUAUCCAUGUUCGUGAAUGUUUGUCGAGGGUUGUUCGAGAAGGACAAAAUCAUCUACGCGUUUAUGAUCGCGUCGAGUAUUUUGCUGCAUCGCGGUGCGAUCACGUCGGGUGAAUGGAACUUCUAUCUCGUCGGUGAUAAGAGGAGCUCGGCUACACAAGCAGCACAAGCUGAAUCCUGUGGAAUCACGCGUCCUUCUUGGUUGUCUGACCGCGUAUGGAAGACCGUGGUUGGCAUGAAGGACAUCUCGUCGGCGUUCACGGAUCUGGCAUCGUCUGUGGGACAACGUGCAGCCGAGUGGAAAUGUGCCAUGGUGCUAGCUGAUCUGCCGCAUGCAGAAGUUCUACCGGAGCCCUGGGAAUCAACACUCACGAACUUCCAGAAGCUGCUGGUGUUGCGUGUCUUUCGAGAAGAGAUGCUUGUCUUCGGUACUCGCGAGUUCGUUGGACGUGAGCUGGGCGAGUUCUUCACAGAGUCUCCACCAUUCGACUUGGGUGGCUGUUAUCGAGACUCGAAACCAGAGACACCUUUGAUCUUCGUGCUUUCUCCUGGCGCCGACAUCAACGACUAUCUCUUGGAACUGGCCAAGCAAGAAGGGAAAGACGGCUCCGGUCUCAAGAUUAUCUCGCUUGGACAAGGUCAGGGACCAAUUGCCGAAGCACUGAUGAAGCAAGCCAAGCAAACGGGUGACUGGGUGUGUCUACAGAAUUGUCACUUGGCAGUCUCGUGGCUGGGUCGUCUCGAGCAGAUUUUGGAACAAUCAGCGACUGAAGAGAUGCAUGACGAGUUCCGACUGUGGCUCACGAGUAUGCCGAGUCCUCGCUUCCCCGUGCCUAUUCUGCAGAACGGCAUCAAGAUCACGAAUGAGCCUCCGAAAGGAAUUAAGGCAAAUCUCGGGCGUACGUUCCUCGAUAUGAAGGAGGGCGACUACGAAGGCUGCACGAAACCUCGCGAGUUCAAGAAGCUGCUGUUCGCUCUUGCGUUCUACAACGCCGUGUGUCUUGAACGUCGCAAGUUUGGCGCCGUGGGGUGGAACAUCCCGUACGAGUGGAUGAACAGUGACUUGAAGACAGGAAUGCAGCAGGUGCGACUGUAUCUCGAGGAACAAGAAGAAGUACCGUACUUGACACUGAACGUCAUGGUGGCGGAUAUUUCGUACGGCGGACGCAUCACGGAUCGCUGGGAUAAACGUACGAACUCGAGUAUCAUGCGGAAGCUCUUCUGUCCAGGCGUCAUGGACGACUCGUACCGCUUCACCACGUCCGGAUUAUACUACGCUCCGUCCGAAGGAUCCUUGGCUAGUGUGCGAGAAUGCUGGGUGGAGGUGGUGAUAGUGGCGGUGGCGGCGCUGCGUAAUGGAGAUGGUGGUGGCUAUCCAAGAGCACAUGCCCGAGCCAUUCAUGGAGAGCAAUGCACACCCAUCAACACGACGUUGGAGAUGCUGAAGCGAGCGAUCAAGGGACUUGUGGUCAUGUCUGGUCCUCUCGAGAAGAUGUACAACGGCUUUUUGAUCCAGCAGAUCCCGAGUGAGUGGGAGAACGCUGGAUACCCGUGCGUGAAACCCUUGGCCUCGUGGAUCGAAGACUUCUUCAUGCGAAUCAACCUCACCAACGACUGGUUAAUUAAGGGUCCGCCACUUGCUUUCUGGCUGUCGGGCUUCUUCUUCCCUCAAGGCUUCAUGACAGCUGUCAAGCAGUCGUUCUCUCGAGACAAACAGAUCGCUAUCGAUGCACUGGUUGUAUCGUGCGAGAUUAUGGCCCACGACAAGGAGCAAUACAAAGCUCCACCGCCAUUUGGUGUCUACAUCUUCGGGCUCUUCAUGGAAGGCGCACGGUACGACCGGAAGACUCGCAUGAUGGCAGAGUCCAUCCCCAACGAGCUGUUCGAUCGCAUGCCAGUCAUCUGGCUUAAACCCAUGCGUCGAGAAGAGUACAAACCCACCGACGUGUACGAGUGUCCACUCUACAAAACUUCCAUCCGCGCCGGCACAUUGUCCACCACCGGUCACUCCACCAACUUCGUUGUUGCACUCGACGUCCCGACGGAUAAAAGCCCCGACCACUGGAUUUGUCGCGGCUGUGCGAUGCUCUGUAUGCUAGACACAUAG